GUCUCCUUCUGUAACGCCAGCCUAGAAACAAAUCUAACUUCAGAGAGCCACAGAGCAAGGCCUCCUCCGCCUCCCCUAUCGACCCCCUCUACUUCUUAACCGCCUGCCGUGUCGAAGGAGUCCACACCUCCAUUUCGGCUGAAAAGAAAUAAACAAGCGUUUCCCUAUACAUCAAUCUCACCAGCUGUCGUCGAACCACCAUGACGGGGCGACGCGACUUCUUGAGCCAGCCCGCCCCCGAGAAUUACGUCGCCGGUCUAGGACGUGGUGCGACCGGCUUCACUACCCGUUCGGAUUUAGGUCCCGCUAGAGAAGGGCCCUCCGAAGAUCAGAUCAAGGAAGCACUCGCAAAACGAGCCGCGCAACUAGGAUUUAGCGAUAUCGCCGGCAAGAAGGACGACGACGACGACAAUGAUGACCGAUACCAAGACCCGGACAACGAAGUCGGCCUCUUCGCCGGCGGCGUCUACGACAAGGAUGACGAUGAGGCCGACCGCAUAUACCGCGAGAUAGACGAGAAGAUGGACAAGCGGCGGAAAUCGAGAAGGGAAGCACGGGAACAAGCCGAACGAGAUGAAUACGAGCGCAAGAACCCCAAGAUCCAACAGCAGUUCGCCGACCUAAAGAGAGGGCUAGAGAGCGUUUCCGAAGAAGAAUGGGCGGCCCUUCCCGAAGUUGGAGAUCUCACCGGAAGGAAUAGGCGGAGCAAGCAAGCGCGGCAGCAGCGCUUCUACGCCGUCCCGGACAGCGUACUAGCCGCUGCGGGCAGCGCUGGCGAACUAGGAUCCACCGUGGUCGAAGAGGGCGCAGCUUCGUCAUCCGGCGGAUCGAGCGGGCAAGACGGGACGAUGACGAACUUUGCCAAGAUCGGGCAAGCCAGAGACAAAGUCCUUCAAGUCAGGCUUGACCAGGCUUCUCAGAGCGGAACGGCGACCUCGGGAAGCGCAACAAGCGUCGAUCCCAAGGGUUACCUAACCAGUCUAGCCAAGUCCCAGUUACCGGAGAGUGCGGCCCAAGUUGGCGACAUCAACAGAGUUAGGGAACUCUUAGAGUCCGUCAUCAAGACCAACCCCAAUAACGGUCCGGGAUGGAUAGCGGCGGCACGCCUCGAAGAGCUCGCCGGCAAAAUUGUAGCCGCUCGAAGUGUCAUCGCGCGCGGCUGUCAACACUGCCCCAAGAACGAGGACGUCUGGCUCGAGAAUAUCCGGCUCAAUGAGUCGCGGAACGCCAAAAUAAUUGCUGCGCAGGCAAUCGAAAAAAACAAUCGUUCAGUGCGGCUAUGGGUUGAAGCGAUGAAGCUAGAGGACGGCCCGAGGUCGAAGAAGCGAGUGAUACGACACGCUAUAGAUCACGUUCCUGGGUCGGAGGCUUUGUGGAAGGAGGCAGUCAACCUGGAAGAGGAUCCGGAUGAUGCCAGACUGCUCCUAGCGAAGGCGACAGAGCUGAUUCCGCUGUCGGUGGACCUAUGGCUCGCUCUGGCCAGGCUCGAGACUCCCGAGAACGCGCAGAAGGUGUUGAACAAGGCUCGCAAGCACUGCCCAACCUCUCACGAGAUUUGGAUAGCUGCGGCGAGGUUGCAGGAGCAGCUCGGCCAGGGCGAGAAAGUCAACGUUAUGAAGCGUGCCGCGCAGGUACUCGUCAAGGAGUCCGCGAUGCCAAAACGGGAGGAAUGGAUCGCUGAAGCAGAGAAGUGCGAGCAAGAGGGCGCCAUAGUCACGUGCUGCGCCAUCAUCCGGGAAACUCUGGGCUACGGUUUGGAUGAAGACGACGACCGUAAAGACACCUGGCUAGACGAUGCACGAAGCAGCGUCAACAGAGGUAUGUACGGGACGGCCCGGGCGAUAUACGUCUACGCUCUCCAGGUGUUUCCGACGAGCAAGACGAUAUGGCUGGCGGCGGCAGACCUCGAGAGGAAUCACGGAUCGAAGGAGGACUUGUGGCAAGUGCUCGAGAAGGCCGUCAAUGCGGUACCCCGCAGCGAAGUGCUGUGGAUGAUGCUUGCCAAGGAGAAAUGGCAAGCCGGAGAGAUCGACAAUGCCCGGCGCGUCCUGGCGAGAGCGUUCCAGCAGAAUCCGAACAACGAGGAUAUCUGGCUGGCGGCCGUCAAGCUCGAAGCCGAGAACGGUCAGAUCGAGCAAGCGCGCGGUCUCCUGAAGACGGCUCGUCAGGAAGCCCCGACCGAUCGCGUCUGGAUGAAGAGCGUCGCUUUCGAGCGGCAGCUGGAGGAUGCCGACGCCGCGCUGGACCUCGUCCAACAGGCGCUCAACCUAUUCCCUGCCAGCCCCAAGCUUUGGAUGAUGAAGGGCCAGAUCUAUGAAGAUAUCGGCAAGCCGCUGCAGGCUCGCGAAGCUUACAGCACGGGUGUCAAAGCGGUACCGAAAUCGGUCCCCCUAUGGCUGCUCUAUUCCCGGCUGGAAGAGAAGCUCGGCCAGCUCCCCAAGGCGCGUUCGGUACUUGACCGCGCGCGCCUCGCCGCGCCCAAGUCGGCGGAGCUGUGGUGCGAGUCAGUCCGGGUGGAGCGGCGGGCGCAUAACACGAAGCAGGCCGAGUCUCUGAUGGAGCGGGCGCUCCGCGACGUGCCGAAGGCGGACCAGGGCAUCCUCUGGAGCGAGAAGAUCUGGCACCUGACGGCGCGGCCGCAGCGGAAGCCGCGGGCGCUGGAGGCGAUCAAGGAGGUGGACAACGACCCGACGCUGCUGGUGGCGGUGGCGCGCAUCUUCUGGGGCGAGCGGCGGCUGGAGAAGGCGCAGAACUGGUUCGAGAAGGCGCUGGUGCGGGACUCGGACCUCGGGGACAGCUGGGCGUGGUACUACAAGUUCCUAAUCGAGCACGGGACGGAGGACAAGCGGGAGGAGGUGAUCACCAAGUGCGUCAGCGUCGAGCCGAGGCACGGCGAGGCGUGGCAGGCGGUGGCUAAGCACCCGAAGAAUGCGAGGAAGAGCGUCGAGGAGGUGCUGAAGCUUGUCGCCGCCGAGCUGCACUAGGGUCUCGCGGUAGGGCUAGACGGAUAGGUAGAACAGAGAUGACCUCUCACAAGGGUUAGGGCGUCGUAGUUGUAAUGCGACGGGUCUACAUUGUUACGAGUGAGGUGCUGUGUUGGGUGCAUAGGCGGAUGCGUGUUUUGAGGGUUAUGUAUAGUAGCAACCUAGUAUACUCGUCGGCUAUUCACGACUCUCCCUCCUGUAUCUCAUGUCCCUCCUCCGGCAACCGUUCCUACGCCCGCCGGUUUCGUCGCCGACAUUCUACCCGACAAAUAAUUAGACAGCCUUAGAAGUCGACGGAAUCCUCUAUUU